AUGACUAUGUUGCACGUUCCUUCUAUGCUCUCUGAACUAGAUAUAUGGACCACUCGAUGGCCGCUGUUUCUUUUUUACACCAUGUCCGAGGUAAAUUCGGAUCGUAGGCCAUUCCGCAGAAAAAGACGACACGGUGGGGAUGGCGGCGGUGGUGGUGGCGGAAGAAGGAUACCGGACAGGUGGUUGAAUUACGAUCCAGUCGGCCGAGAUUUGGAAGGUACACGCUUCGUCGCAUUCAAAACCCCACUAGAUAAGUCAUUUUUCUCGGGGAAGCACGACUUGACCGACGAUGAUUACUUUGAUGUGCAUAGAAUCGUCACAUAUGCGCGUCAAGCAGGUAAAAUUAUUGGUAUGGUGGUCGAUCUCACAAACACUGACAGAUAUUAUAACAAAGCAGAAUGGGCAGACUAUGAUAUCAAAUACGUAAAAAUGAACUGUCCGGGACAUGAGGUCAGUAACCGCGAGGACAUCGUAAAGAGCUUUUUGAAUGUCGUUGAUGAGUUCAUCAGCGACUCCAGUAACGGCGACAAGUUAAUUGGCGUCCACUGCACGCAUGGCCUGAAUCGUACUGGCUACUUGAUAUGUCGGUACCUCAUUGACAGAAUGGGUUGGACAGCUGAACUGUUCGAGUUCUCACGAGGUCACCCAAUAGAACGUGGACAUUACAAGAAAAGUUUAUAUGACGCCGAAAAACGGAUAGCGGAGGGUUCAUCGCCUUCUUCUUCACCAAAACAGAUUGCUGCUUAG